CCACACCGGCUCGUCCCUCAUCCCAAUCCGGUGCCGGCUGCUCCAGGGAAGCCACCGGCUCCGGAGCCAACACCGGGAUUGCUCAGGAACCCACUGAGAUGUCCACCAAGGCCCCCAUCUACCUCAAGAGGGGCAGCAGGAAGGGGAAGAAGGAGAAGCUCCGGGAUAUCCUCUCCUCGGAUAUGAUCAGCCCCCCUUUGGGUGACUUCAGGCACACGAUCCACAUCGGCAGCGCCGGCCAAGGGGACACCUUUGGGGACAUCUCCUUCCUCCAGGGCAAGCUCCAUCUCCUGCCCCGUUCCCAGCCCAGCUUCUCCUUUGCCAGGACCUCCACCGUAUCCGGGCACGAAACACCGGGAAUUCCAUCCCCGCUGUUGAAGAACGCCAUCUCCUUGCCCACCAUCGGUGGUCCUCAAGCCAUCACGCUCCCAUCGGCACCGGCGCCUCCCAAACCCCCCCGGCUCCACCUGGAGGAGCUCGGGAAGAGGGGUGAGGAAGAGGAGGAGGCGAUGGGCACCACCCCAACCAAUGGAUUCCCCCUUGAGGAAGAGGCCGGCAGCACGGAGCCCUUCCUAUCGCACGCGGGAUCCCUCCUCUCCCUCCAUGUGGAUUUGGGACCGUCCAUCCUGGAGGAUGUCCUGCAGGUGAUGGAGAAGCACCAAGCAGAGGGGGGGGGUGGAUCUCCACCAGCUUCAGGCCUGCAGGAGAGCUUGACGUGAAGGUCAACCAUGGGGGUAGACGUUGGGCAAUGGUUGGUUGUGGG